AUUUUAUUCAUCAAAAUGUUUUCACAAUCAUCAUUAAUCUUUUCAACAUUAUUUGGAUCAUUAUUAUUGUUGCUUGGUUUAAUUGCCGAUAGCCAACAACAACAAUAUUAUGGAUCACCACAAUUACAGAGUAGUAUUGAAGUUGCAACAGCAAUGCCAACGGUUACUGUACGAGGAUUUUUAAAUUUUCGUACAACUGUUGAUGGUACCGUGAUUGUAUUUACUCCAUCACCAAAUUCGAAUACUCGUGAAUCAUCCGCAGCAACAUUUACGACCACACAACCACCAUCGAUUAAAUCAACACGUGUACCAAUUGUCGAAGAGAUUAAACCGACAAAACCUAGUGCUAUUCCCACUUAUCCUACCGGUUUGGUUACAGUACUUGGCGGUACUGUCGUCAAUGAAGGUUCCACAACUGUUUACGAAACAAAAGUAAUUGGUACCUAUAUUAGUGGUAAAUAUGCUCAAAUCUUAUCCAGUACCACAAAAGUUAAACCAAAUGAAGAUGUAUCAAGCCCAACUGUACGACCAACUCAAACUUAUAGCCAUCACUCAAAUGUUCGACCAACUCGAAUGGCGCAACAACAUCAUCAUAAUUAUCAUGGAUAUCAUAAACAACAACAACAACAACAAUAUUCAGGUCCUUCGCCAAGAGUUGAUGAAGAUCAUCGAAAUGAAGAAGAACAUACAACUAAUGCUAUUACCGGAACGGCUAAAAAAAUGCAUCCACUUCGUGCUAAAUCGAUAAAAUUGGUCGAAAGUUCCAAGGCUAGACAUUUAAAUGCUCGUCUUCAAUUGAAUCCAUUGAAAUCGCGAUGGGCAAAAAUGAAAGACAAUGCUGAAAAUAAUGGCAAUAAUAAUAACAAUGAUGGCGAAGAUAAUUCGGAAAAUCAUAGCAACAAUCCUAACACUAAAAUACGACGAUUAAAGAUACUUGGAUCGAAACGAUUCACCUUGCCUGCAAGACAAUCACCAAGAGUUAAAAUGAAUCGAUUCAAAUCAAAAUUACCGGCCACUCAAGCUGAAGAGAUGCAUCAUUAUCAUAAUUCGAAAGAACAGGAACUCAAGGAUGAAGCAGCAGCAGCGGCAAUAUCCACCAAUAAUAAUACUAAUAUCGAAUCUGCAAAACAAUCAAUCGAUGAUGAAAUUAAAGAAAAAAUACUAGAAAAUUUGUCAUCAACCACGGAUGUUUCUGCCAAUGAAGAUAAUCAUAAUGAAAAAAUAAUAAUCGAUCCGUCAAAAGUUGUCAAAGAAGUUCAAACAAUUACAAGUGAAGUGACACAACACGUUGAAGGUGAUCAUCUUCAAGUGAAAACUUUAACAUUGACCACCACAAUCGAACGAACUUUACAUCCGACUGAAUCGGAAUUCGACACUCAUCUAAUCGCGCCAACAUUAGAUAUUGUUGGCAAUAAUAUUGAAGCUACAUCCGUUCCUGAAACACCUGCCUUAGUCAUUUCGCGUACUUAUUCGGUAACCGAAAGAACAAUGCGUACAACUGUUGUUCCAGUAUUUGAUGGAACAUCAACACAAAGUCAUACAGUUACCGAAAGUUUUUUCAUUCGUAAAUUAAUCACUGCUUAUCGAACAUUGCCUCCCGGUGAUAUGAUAUUGAUUGAUAGUACCUCAACUUCGGCAUUUAAUCCACGGAUGAACACUGAAUUGAUCAAUGGUACCGAUGUGGAUGAUUUAUCAAUGGCCGAACAACAAACUAUUCAACCGACUUCAGUUGACUCAAACAUUCUGCCCACUGAAAUGCCUACGAUUUUAGAUGAUAAUAUAUUGAAUGAUGGUAAUUUACAACAACAAAUAUCUGAAUCAUCAGAUCAAAUUGAACCGAGUUUAUCGUUUGGUAAUGUUGGACAAAUGCCACAAAUGAUGGCAUUUCCACAGCAACCAAAUCAAUUGGCCCAGCAAUUUGAUUUGAACAAUCCUCUAUUGUUAGCAGCUGUUCUUCAAAAUCCACAAUUAGCCGCACUUUAUAUCGGUUUACAACAACAACAACAAAUGAAACAACCCACUCAAUACAGUACAAUCACAAAACCCACUAAAGUAAUGCAAACGGAAACAUUGUAUAAUACAAAAUUGGUUAGCUAUUAUGAUGGCCGACAAACACGAUCAAGAACAAUUUUGGAACCAACUGGAACAACCGAAAAACUUGUAAACACUUAUACAACUGAAGUGAUUCCGAUCAUUCCAAAUAAUAAUCAAUAUGGAAUGAUGCAACAAGCACAAUUUCAAAAUAUGUUUGCCACACAAUUCGGCAUGAUGCCACAAUUUCAAGUGACACCAACUUUACAAAGUUCAACCAUAUUGAAAACAAUGACUACCGUCACUGAAACAACUAUGACCAAAUCAAAAGUCUACACAUUAGUUUAUAAUGCAUUCAGUACCAGAUAUCGUACGAUAACAAGCACGAGUGUAAUUCCAACAACUGUUACAACCGUAUUGACUGAAACGAUUCCACUCACGCCAAGUUCAAGUAUCAUUCCACAAAUGAAUUUCUUCGGUUAAAUUUAAUCGAAUGAAAUAAAAUUUUUUUAAAUUAUUGAUAAAAAAAGAGGAAAAUUUCAAAAAAAAAAACUUAAA